AUGGGAGACUGGAACUUGUUGGGCAGCUUUCUGGAGGAAGUCCACUUCCAUUCAACCUUAGUGGGGAAGAUCUGGUUGACCAUCCUGUUCAUAUUCCGGAUGCUGGUGCUUGGGGUGGCAGCAGAGGAUGUCUGGGAUGAUGAACAGUCAGCGUUUACCUGUAACACCCAACAGCCUGGCUGCAGCAACAUCUGCUAUGACGAUGCUUUCCCCAUUUCUUUGAUAAGGUACUGGGUUUUACAGAUCAUCUUUGUAUCUUCUCCCUCUCUGGUAUACAUGGGCCAUGCACUUUAUAGACUCAGGGCCUUUGAAAAGGAGAGGCAGAGGAAGAAAGUACAACUUCGAACCCAGCUGGAGGAACCUGAGAUUGACCAGGAGGAGUACCAAAGAAUAGAGAGGGAACUGAGGAGAUUAGAGGAACAGAGAAAGGUAUACAAGGCGCCCUUGAAAGGAUGCCUGCUACGUACUUAUAUACUGCAUAUCUUGACCAGAUCUAUAUUGGAAGUAGGGUUCAUGAUAGGACAAUAUGUUCUCUAUGGGUUCCAAAUGCACCCCCUUUACAAAUGCAGUCAAUUUCCUUGCCCCAAUUUAGUGGACUGCUUUGUGUCCAGGCCCACAGAGAAAACCAUUUUCAUGUUGUUCAUGCACAGCAUAGCAGCUGUCUCCUUGUUCCUUAACAUUUUGGAAAUGUUUCACCUGGGAAUCAGGAAAAUCAUGAAGGCAUUAUAUGGAGGGUCUAGCGGGGAGACUGAAAAGGGAGCCUGCCAUUCAAAUCGAAAUUCAGUGACCCAGCCCUGUAUAACUCACUCUUUAUUGCAUGAGAACAUUCCUUUGUUCCAGCCUGUUCAACCCAUCUGGCCAGAGCAACAGGUAAUUGGGAUUGAUAAUACAGAACAUAAACCAGCUUGGCAACCCAAUCAGCACAACCAGACUGAGGAAGCACCUCCACCUAGUGAAAAGAACUGGUCCAGGAGAGAUCAGCAUCAUAGAGUGCUCCAGUUCAGCUCUGUUUGUCCCCAGGACCUUGAUUGCUGCGUGCAGCACUUUCAACAGUGCAAACAUCAGCACCACGGACAGCACCCACGUUCUUCCUUCAGCAAGGGGGACAGUCUUUCCAGACCACAGCUGUGCAACCUUGCCAAUUGCCCUUCGUUCACACUACGUACUGGGGAGCAGCCCCAGUGUCUUUGGAACCCAACCUCAGCAGAGCGAGGGUCUCACCCAGAUAGCCGCAAAGCCAGUUUCUUACGCAGAGUUUCAGAAAGCUCUGAUUCCCAGCAUAGCCUGGUCUCUGACGUCCAGCACUGGGGAAAAGACAAUGCCUCCAGAUCUCCACCUCCACCUCCAGGCACUGGGCACAGAAUGUCAAUGGCAAGUAAAGAUAAGAAGGCUCCUGCUAGUGUGAACUAUAGCCUGCUUGUGUAG